AUGGCGGCACAGCAGGCGCAGAUGCAGUACCAGCUGCAGCAGCAGCACGCCCAGCAGCAGGGCCUCGCGCCGCAGCAGCAGUACUCGCGCUCGCCCAACGGCUCGCCCACGUCUGCGCCCGCAGCGGCAGCUGCCUAUGCGCCCCGCUCGCCGGGCCCCGGUCGCUCGGCAUCGCCGCAGCCGCCACAGGCCAUGCAGGGCGUGGCGUCUACCUCGCCGAGCGGCUCGCAGCCGACGGGCAGUCCCAGCGCCGCGAGCGAUAAGGGCGCAGACUACGUGUACUUCGAGCGCAGCACGGACGGCAUGAACAAGACGACGCUGGACGCUGCCACGGGCGCGAAGCUGAAGCUCGAGCACUUCUACAAGGUCGCCGUCGAGCAGGCGAUUGAGCGCAGCAACCGGCGUGUGGAGCUGGAGAAGCGCCUGGCGGCACCGCCAGACGGCGCGCCGCUCUCCGAGGAGCGCAAGUCGCGCCAGCUGGCGUCGCUGGGCCGGCGCGAGAGCGGCUUUCUGCGCCUGCGGCGGACGCGCCUGGGCCUCGACGACUUCCGGACAGUGAAGGUCAUCGGCAAGGGCGCGUUCGGCGAGGUGCGGUUGGUGCAGAAGGUGGACACGGGCAAGAUCUAUGCCAUGAAGACGCUGCGCAAGAGCGAGAUGUUCAAGAAGGACCAGCUCGCGCACGUGCGGGCAGAGCGCGACGUGCUGGCGGAGAGCAACAGCCCAUGGGUCGUGCAGCUCUAUUACUCGUUCCAGGACUCGCAGUAUCUCUACCUGCUGAUGGAGUUCCUGCCCGGCGGCGAUCUGAUGACGAUGCUCAUCAAGUACGACACGUUCUCGCACGACGUGACGCGCUUCUACAUGGCCGAGUGUGUGCUGGCGCUCGAGGGCAUCCACAAGCUCGGCUUCAUCCACCGCGACAUCAAGCCGGACAACAUCCUCAUCGACGCCAAGGGCCACAUCAAGCUCUCCGACUUUGGCCUCUCGACGGGCUUCCACAAGCAGCACGAUAGCGCCUACUACCAGCGGUUGUUCGAUGGCAACACGAACCAGCAGCAGCAGAGCGGGCGCAACUCGGUGGCCGUCAACUCGAUUACGCUCACGCUGAGCUCGAAGGAUGCCAUUGCCACGUGGAAGGCCAACCGGCGGAAGCUCGCCUACUCGACCGUCGGCACGCCCGACUACAUUGCGCCCGAAAUCUUCCUGCAGCAGGGCUACGGCAACGAGUGCGACUGGUGGAGCCUGGGCGCCAUCAUGUUCGAGUGUCUCUGCGGCUAUCCGCCGUUCUGCUCGGAGAACGCGCACGACACGUACCGCAAGAUUCUCGCCUGGCGCGAGACGCUGCAGUUCCCCGACGAUAUCCACCUCAGUCCCGAGGCGGAGGACCUCAUCCGGAGACUCAUCUGUGCGCCGGACAACCGCCUGGGCCGCAACGGCGCACAGGAGAUCCGCGAGCACCCGUUCUUCACGGGCGUCGACUGGAACUCGAUCCGCAACAUCGAUGCGCCGUUUGUGCCGCACCUCAAGUCGGUGACGGACACGAGCUACUUCCCGACCGAGGACUACCAGGACGUGCCAGACGUGCCGAGCGGCGCAGACACUGGCGCUGGCGCCACGCGCGACCUCGCCUUCCUGGGCUUUACCUUCCGGCGCUACCUGGACCUCGGCGACGGGCCGCAGCACUAG